UUGGCAGCUCAACUGUUAAAAAUCUUCCCCUGCCGGUCCCUCCUGAGAUCACUCUGAUGUCACCGGCGUGUAAUCUGAGCCUGCAGGGAGGUUCACUGCUCAGACUUUAAAUAGCCUGUCCCGGGACGGAGCCGGCACAGGCUCUCUGGACAGCCCGGGAGCUGAAUUUCCGAAGAGCCCCACGUCGAUGAAAGCGAAGCGGAGCCACGCAGCCACCGCCAUGUCCACUUCACUGCGAGUGAGCCCCUCCAUCCACGGCUACCACUUCGACACGGCCUCCCGCAAGAAGGCUGUGGGCAACAUCUUCGAAAACAUAGACCAGGAGUCGCUGCAGAGGCUCUUCAGGAACUCGGGAGACAAGAAAGCCGAGGAGAGAGCCAAGAUCAUCUUCGCCAUCGAUCAGGACCUGGAGGAGAAGACGCGGGCCCUGAUGGCCCUGAAGAAGAGGACCAAAGACAAGCUGCUCCAGUUCCUGAAACUACGGAAAUACUCCAUCAAGGUGCACUGAGGGCCCGGAGGAUGCCGACCGACGCUUAUCCAAGAGCCGGACACCUGAGAGACCCAGUGAGUUUGUGAGCCCCUAACCGACGAUGCAGCCUCUGGGGCCGGCUGGCUUGCCCUUCCAGCGGGUCUCCUGAGGACGGAAAGGGACGGGAGAACCUGGAUGACAGAGACUCGGACCAGUUCCACGCCCUGUGCUGCUGCAGGGGAGAGCACCAUGCUGGGGCCAGCCGCUCCGAAGGCCCUCCCAGCAGGCAAGGACUGACGCUGGGAGAGGAGUCUGCACAGAUGCGGGGGACCCUGAAAAUGACCCUCGGCAGGGGAAGGCGUGAAGCCAGGGUCGCCUCGCCAGGCACUAGGACCUACAUUCAAACUGUUUCUUUAGUUUUGUUUUGUUUUUAAAACCAAACUGGGUAAGGGGCGGGAUGUGGGGGAGAGAAUAAGUGUAAAUUGUUUUUCUGAUUUUUUUUUUACCUGAAUGUUCCACAUGUUGCCACUUUAAAAACUAUGUCAUUGAUUAUUUAUUUGCAUUUAGUACAAUGCCUGAAAAAUGUACCACCUGGGCGUUAAGUUACAGUGCAAGGAGUUGUAUUAGGCUCAGCAGCUCAGGAAAGCCAACGCCACCUUCUGGUUUGUCGAGGAGAUAUAUAUAUUUUAAUACAUAUCAAAGCAGGUUGCAUAAAAGUUAAACUAAUGGGAUUCUCUACAAACCCAAAGCACUGAGAAAAAAAGAAUGUUUUCUUAAUCUUUUGACUAAUGCUAAAAUAUAUUCUAAUUAAAUUUGCUACAAUUAUUGUAGUAAGCAUUAGCAAGUGAAUAUGAUAUAUAAAAUAGUUUCUGAGGAUUCUCUGCUGUCUAUAGUUUACUACACCUGGCAACUGAUAUGCAGCCACAAUAAAUCAUGAUAAAUG